ACGAAGCCUUUAACUUUUGCUGACUGUGUAGGCGAUGAGCUGCCUUUAGGAUGGGAGACUGUUUAUGAUCAACAGAUUGGUAUUUAUUACAUGGACCAUAUAAACCAACUCACCCAAAUUGAGGACCCAAGAGAGCAAUGGAGAAGAGAGCAGGAACGAAUGUUAAAAGAAUAUUUAAUUGUUGCCCAGGAGGCGCUUAACGCCAAAAAGGAAAUUUACCAAAUUAAGCAGCAACGUUUUGAGCUAGCACAAGAAGAAUACCAGCAGCUGCAUAAAAUGUGUGAGGAUGACAGUCGCUCUUACAUGAGCUCAUUCUCUGGAUUUUCAACCAAUACCAAGUAUGACCCGUCCCAGAUUAAAGCAGAAAUAGCAAGUCGACGUGACAGACUUUCUAGGUUAAAGCGGGAAUUGGCACAGAUGAAGCAAGAGCUGCAGUACAAAGAGAAAGGAGUGGAGACAUUGCAAGAGAUUGAUCGUAAGAUAUCAAAUGCCCAUAUGAAAUAUAAAUUGGAUGAAGCCCAAGCAAUAAUGAAUGAACUCCGAACCAUCAGGAAGGCUAUUUGUAUGGGUGAGAGAGAGAGGCAAGACCUAAUGCAGAGUCUGGCCAAGCUGACAGAGGGAUUCAAGAAUAGUUGUUGCAUUACAGAAUCUCUGCAGGAUCUUCAGUAUAAUUCUAGUUCACACACUGACUCCAGUUUACCUCAGCAACAAUGUGAUGCUUGCUCUCAAACUGACAUCAUUGGGGAGUUUGGUUUUGAUGAUAAAACAAGGCUUGGUGAUGGAGAACGAUUGGCCGUACAGUAUGAAGAGGCCCAAAAGAGGGUUUCCAAUAUCCAGCAGCAGCUGGCCCAAUUGGAUAAUGAAUCCUGGCCAGGCAUGGCAGAAGCAGACAGGGAUCGUCUUCAGCUCAUCAAAGAGAAAGAAGCUCUCCUACAAGAUUUGCAGCUCAUCAGUCAGCAGCGGAGAUCUCCCGAAGACAUUGAGCGCCUAGAGGAUGAAAAAAGGCGUUUGGAGGCUGAGAUCCAGCAGGCUAGGGCCAGUUCUUCUCAUGGUGCUGCUGAAAGGAUACUGUUACAGGAAAAAACUAAUUGUCUGCUAACGCAGCUGGAAGAAGCAACUCGUUUAAGUUCCUAUUUACAGUCCCAGUUGAAAAGCUUGUCUGCCAGCACCCUGACAAUAUCUUCUAGCGGCAGCAGGGGGUCGUUGGCAUCCAGCCGCGGAUCUUUGGCAUCCAGCAGGGGCUCUCUUAGUUCUGUCAGCUUCACAGACAUCUAUGGUCUUCCUCAGUAUGAGAAAUCAGACAGUGUUAUUGACUACGGGCAGCACAUGCGAUUUGAUGCAAUUCCGUUUGAUUGUCCAAGUAAAGACAUACAGUAUGUUGACUCCAUUGGACCUUCUAGUUUCGGUAAACAAAGAAGAUCUUUGGAUACACCUCUGUCACUGGCAUCCCUCUCAUCACGGUCCUCUCUGUCCUCAUUGUCUCCUCCAAGCUCCCCCCUGGACACUCCCUUCCUCCCUACUUCUCGGGAUUCCCCAUUGGCCCAAAAGUCAGAAGGAUAUGAGGAAAUGAUGGGCACAGGGGCCUUAGAAAUGCUUCGAGCUCAUGCUUCUGUUCUGGGGGAAGACAGAUCUCAAGAAACAGUGUCAUCUAAGGCUCAUGACUAUUUCCCAGACAAUGAAGGACUGCAGCUGGCAAACAUUCCAACCUCUGGAGUUGUGACUCUACGUGAAGACAGUGCUAGAAGGUUGGAGAGGAGAGCCAGGCGAGUCUCAGCAUGUCUGUCCAAUUAUUCACUGGCUAGUGACAGUGGCGUGUUUGAAGCUUUAAGCAAAAGGAAUGAGGAUGUUGAAGAAUCACUGUAUAGUGAUGCAAUCAGUGAAGAGCCCAAAAUGCAAGUUGGAUUUCUGCAUGAUGGUGGAAGUGAGUGCCUGCGGGUUCAUGUGCUACAACUAAUGAAUUUUACUGGUCUUGCUGUGAAAGAAGGCUGUAAAAUACAUGUGAGAAUAUAUUUACCAUCUCUUGAGUCUGGCACUCCAACCACGUAUUGUUCUAGAGCUUUGGAAUUCCAAACUCCAUUAAUAUUUAAUGAGGUCUUCCGGAUCCCUGUUCAGUCAAGUAUCCUGAAACUAAAAUCACUGCAGCUUUACAUCUGUUCAGUUGGCCAGCAGCAACAAGAAGAAUUGUUGGGCAUUGCUCAAAUUAGCCUCGCAGGCUAUGAGAGUUCGAGUGAGAUGCAGCUUAACUGGUACCCUAUCCAAAUCUUCAAUGGCUCAGAUUGUCAACUGACUAAGGACAAUCCCAAGUGUGAAGAAAGCACUGCUCAAUGUUCUGAAAACAAAACUACAGUGAAAAUGGAUGCCGUGACUGCCCUAUUAGCUAAGACCAAAGCUCAACUGCAAGCUGUAGAAAGAGAACUAGCAAAGGAGACAGUAAAACUGGAAUACACAGAAGAGGAAUUACUAGAGAUGGAACAAAAGGAAGAUCGGGUUGAAGCAGUAUCAGAGAGGAGUUGGCAAGCAGAAUCAGUUGACAGUGGAUGUAGUAAUUGCACGCAGACCAGUCCUCAUUACCCAGAGACUUAUUGUGGUGAAACAUUACAUAUGUUUGUGGCUCAGACAGAUGAGUAUACUUCUGGAAAAGUCCAGCCUCCUCCUCUAAAGGUGGAUAAGGAGACCAACACAGAAGAUCUCUUCCCAGAAGAAAUGGCUUUGCUUCACAAAAGCAGAACUAGCCGUCGAUCCCGAGGGUCUGCAUUUGUUCGCAGUAGUACUAUUGUUCGCUCACAGACAUUCUCUCCUGGUGCACGAAGUCAGUAUGUUUGUCGACUAUACCGCAGUGACAGUGACAGUUCAACCCUGCCAAGGAAGUCACCCUUCAUCAGAAAUACUUUGGAAAGGCGAACGCUGCGUUAUAAGCAGCAGUCCUGUAGGUCAUCUUUGGCUGACCUUAUGGAAAGGACAUCACUAGACCUGGAGCUGGAUCUCCAGGCCAUCAGAACGAAGCAAAGGCAGCUGAAUGAGGACAUAUGCACUCUGAGAGAGCUGCAGCAGCGCCUGGAGGAUGCUCAGCGUCGAGGGCAAACUGAUCUGCCUCAUUGGGUCCUUCGGGAUGAACGAUUCCGAAAUUUGCUGAAGGAGGCAGAGAGACAGACAAGACAGACCAAAUUUGAACAUCGUCAACAACAAGCAGCUGAAAAAUUGCUCAAGAAAGCUUCCAAAGAAGUGUACCAGCUACGUGGUCAAAACCAGAAGGAGCCUAUUCAGGUGCAGACCUUCCGGGAGAAGAUGGCAUUCUUUACAAGGCCAAGGAUCAACAUACCUCCUCUGCCAGCUGAUGAUGUAUGACAUGUUACUUUGUAAACAUGAAGUAUUUCUCUGCUUGUUCUUACUUUAAGAUGAAGU